AUGGCCGCCGACAUCAGCCACACGCCGCCAGAGUACGUCGACUCGGAGAAGUCUGCAGUCCCGGACAAAGACAGCUUCAAGACGGCCCGCAACAUCCACGACCAAGACGUCGAGCUCGAGAAUGGACACCUCGCCGAGCUGGAGGUCGACAUGGGCCGGGUCCUCGACGAGGAGGGUGAGGGAGACUACGAGGCCGACACCUCUCCGUUCCCGCAAGUGAGGGCCGUUGUGCCCGAGACGGACGACACCGCGAUCCCGAUCAACACGUUCCGGGCUUGGUUUCUUGGUAUCAUCUUCGUCUUCCUCGGCGCCGGCGUCAACCAGUUCUUCUCGCUGCGCUAUCCCGGUGUCCACAUCGUCUCGCUCGUGGCAGAGCUGCUGGCGUUUCCCCUCGGCGUCGCGCUGGCCAAGAUCCUGCCCAUCAGCCGCUUCAACCCGGACCACCACUUCAACAUCAAGGAGCACGCCCUCGUCACCAUCAUGUCGAACGUGUCCUUCGGCUUCGGGUCCGCCGACGCCACCAACAUCAUCCAGGCCGCCAGGCUGUACGGCUUCACCAUCCCCCCCGGCUUCUCGGUCCUGGUCGUGCUGUGCUGCCAGCUUAGCGGGUACGCCGUCGCCGGCCUCGCCACGCCGUGGCUCGUCAAGCCGGCGAGCAUGAUCUGGCCCGGCGUGCUCAGCAACGUGGCGCUGCUCAGCUCCCUCCACUCGAGGGCCAACGCGGUCGCUGACGGGUGGAGGAUCACACGCAUCAAGUUCUUCAUGAUCGUCGGCGGGUGCGCCUUCGUCUGGUACUGGUUCCCCGGCCUCAUCUGGACGGGGCUGAGCUACUUCACGUGGAUCUGCUGGAUCGCGCCCAACAACCUGGCGGUCAACCAGGUCUUCGGCAUGGUGACGGGCAUGGGGCUGUUCCCCCUCACCUUUGACUGGUCCAUGAUCGCAUACAACACCAACCCGCUCCUGAGCCCGCACUGGGCCGCGUUGAAUGUCUUCUUCGGCUUUGCCUUCUUCUUCUGGAUCAUCACGCCGGCCAUCUACUACAGCAACACCUGGUUCACCUCGUACAUGCCCUUCUGCACGGCGGAUGUCUACGACCGGUUCGGCACGCUGUACGACGUGUCCAAGGUGCUGACGAACAACGAGUUCGACCAGCAAAAGUACGCAGAGUACUCACCCCCGUAUCUGCCUGCAACGUUUGCGUUUGUCUAUGGGCUGUCGUUUGCGUCCAUCACGAGUGUCCUAUCUCAUGUAUACUUCUUCCACUUUGACGAAAUCAUGCACGCCAUGAGAGGCACGCUCAAGCUGGACAUUCACGCACGUCUGAUGAAGUCCUACAAGACCGUCAAGUGGUGGUGGUGGGUCGUCAUCCUGCUCGUCGUCUUCGGCAUGAGCGUCGGCACCGCCCAGGGCUACGACACCGGGUUGCCGUGGUGGGGAGUCAUCCUCGCCUUCGUCAUCCCGGCUGUCUACAUGGUCCCCUGCGGCAUGAUCCAGGGCGUCACAAACGUCGAUGCCAACCAGCUGAACGUGCUGUCAGAGUUCAUCGGGGGCUACUUGUUCCAGGGGAAACCUGUCGCCAACAUCCUCUUCAAGAUCCUGAGCACAGACGUCGUCGGUCAAGGUCUAUACUUCGCGGCGGAUAUGAAGCUGGGGCAUUACCUGAAGAUCCCGCCCAUGACUCUCUUCUUCGCGCAGGGUCUCGCUACCAUUCUUGGAGCCUUGACCCAGACCGGUGUCACACUCUGGAUGCUGGGCAAUGUGGACGGCAUCUGUACGGAAGACCAGCCCAACGGCUUUUCUUGUCCCAAUGGUCGUACCGUAUUCUCUUCUUCCGUUAUCUGGGGUCUUGUUGGGCCCGCGCGUCUCUACUCCGUCGGCGCCAUCUACUCUGGCCUGCUGCAUUUCUUCUGGAUCGGCCUCAUUCUGCCGCCCAUCACGUACUUCAUCUUCAAGAAGACCCGUUCGGAGUUCAUCCGGAAGAUAAACUGGCCGCUCAUCUUUGUCGGGACAUACAACGUCCCUCCGGCCACCGGCAUCAACUACUCCUCCUGGUACAUCGUCAACCUGGUCUUCAACAAGAUCAUCUACCGCAAGUUCUACGCCUGGUGGAGCAAGUACAACUACGUGCUCGCCGCGGCGUUAGACACAGGUCUUGCCAUCAGUGGCAUCGUCAUCUUCUUUGCGGUGACUUAUGGCCCGAAUGCGCAGUUCCCGGAUUGGUGGGGGAACACCGUCUGGCAGAACACGGCGGAUGGUCUGGGGCUGCCCUGGUUGGAGAUGCCUGCGGUGGGAUAUUUCGGCCCUGCGAACGGGACUUGGUCUUAG